AUGGCCACUAUGCCACCGGCAGUUAAGGCCAUCGACCCGGUCAAAAAAGAGCGAUCGAAAACCUUUCAGGCAUAUUUACCACCUGGUUCACGCACAUACAGUUGCGUUCAUUGCCGCGCAAAUCUCGCCAACCAUAACGAAUUGAUCUCAAAGUCCUUUCAAGGCAGUCAAGGAAAGGCAUAUCUUUUCAACUCUGUUGUUAAUAUUGGUUGUGGUCCGGCUGAGGAGCGUGUUCUGUUGACUGGACUUCAUGCAGUAGCUGAUAUAUACUGUGAGUGUUGUAAGACAACACUUGGUUGGAAAUAUGAGCAUGCAUUCGAAUUGAGUCAAAAGUAUAAGGAGGGUAAGUUUAUAAUCGAAUUGGCGCAUAUGGUUAAGGAUAACGGAUGGGAUGAUCGCGAAUACACGAGGAACAAUAGCCUUCAUUAA